AUGAGCUCGCCGUUCGAAGCCCUCUUUGGCGCUGAGGUCCAGACCAAGACAGGGCUCAAGCCGACGGCCGAGGCCUUUGCCGGCAAGACCAUCGUGGGCAUCUACUUCUCGGCGCACUGGUGCCCGCCCUGCCGCGGCUUCACGCCCGUGCUCUCGGAAACCUACGCCGAGAUCGUCGGCGACGACCACAAGGAGUUUGAGCUCAUCUUUGUCUCGUCCGACCGCGACGAAAGCGGCUUCAACGAGUACUACAACGACAUGCCCUUCCUCGCGCUCCCGUAUGCGAACCGCGCGCAGAAGGACGUGCUCGCCAAGACGUUUGACGUCCGUGGCAUCCCGACGCUCGUCUUCUUGAACGCGGCCGGCGACGUCAUCACCAAGGACGGCCGCUCCGUGGUCAUGAACGCCCACGGCGAUGUCAGCGCCGUCUUGGCGGCGCUCGCCAAGUACGGUUUGUGCGGUGGGCAGACAGACGUCAAGUCGCCUCGCAUGGGUAGACACAAGCCAUCAUCUUACAUGCGGCGAUUGGCACUCGUCGAAGGCGCCGGCGUCACAGUGGUCGUGUUCGGGCACGGCGUGCUCCCAGCAGGCGUCGGGCUAGGCGUGCUUCCAGCGGGCGUCACCGAAGUUGGGCAAGGAGUUUCGGUCGACGCGACCGGAGACGUUGAAGGCGCCGGCGUCACAGUGGUCGUGGUCGGGUACGGCGAGUGCUUCCAGCGGGCGUCGGACUAG